GCGGCUAGAUCACGUGCCGCUGUUUGGCGCUUUUGUGCGCGCCCAGGUCUGUUGGUGCUCAGAGUGUGGCCAGGCGGCUCGGAGCGAGCAGGGCUCUCUUUACCAGUGGAUUGUAGAGGGUGCACGGCCAGUCUCUUGUCUUCUGUUCGACAUGGCAUCGUCUGAUAUUCAGGUGAAAGAACUGGAGAAGCGUGCUUCUGGCCAGGCUUUUGAGCUGAUUCUCAGCCCUCGGUCAAAAGAAUCCGUCCCCGAUUUCCCCCUUUCCCCCCCAAAGAAGAAGGAUCUUUCCCUGGAGGAAAUCCAGAAGAAAUUAGAAGCUGCAGAAGAACGGCGCAAGUCUCAUGAGGCGGAAGUCCUGAAGCAGCUCGCCGAGAAGCGGGAGCACGAGAAGGAGGUGCUGCAGAAAGCCAUCGAGGAGAACAACAACUUCAGCAAGAUGGCAGAGGAGAAGCUGACCCACAAGAUGGAAGCUAACAAAGAGAACCGGGAGGCGCAGAUGGCUGCCAAGCUGGAGCGUUUGCGAGAGAAGGACAAGCACGUUGAAGAGGUGCGGAAGAACAAAGAAUCCAAAGACCCUGCGGAUGAGACUGAGGCUGACUAAUUUGUUUUGAGAACUGACUUUCUCCCCGACCCCUUCCUAAAUAUCCAAAGACUGUACUGGCCAGUGUCAUUUUACUUUUCCCUCCUGACAAAUAUUCUAGAAGCUGAUGUAGGACCGUAUAGGUAGAUCCAGACCGUGAGAUGUUUUAGGGGCUCAAGGGGAGAAACUGAAAGUGUUUUACUCUUUUUUAAAGUGUUGGUCUUUCUAACGUAGCUAUUUUUCUCGUUGCAUCUUUUCCACUUGAGCACACUCGGUGUGCUGGGUUAAUGGCUAGUACUGUAUUGCUUCUGUGGAAGAUGUUUGUGAGAAGUGUAGUGGCUUCUUCCGACCUGUUAGAUGCUGAUAUCUGUUCACACCUGCGAUCCCAAUUCUGUCCCAAUCUUAUCAGAUGCUACUGUACUUGAAUGGUUAAUAAACUGCACAGUGCUGUUGGU